GGUUCGAAUGUUGAGAAGGCAUUCCUGUUUGAUGUAGCCAGUAAGAUUUAUGUGGCCACCGAUUCGGCGCCAGUUGAUAUGGCAACGUACGAGUUGUGCUGUGAUAUGAUCGAUGUCACCAUUGAUAUUUCGGCGAUCUACGGAUGUAAGGACGAUAGCGCAGUAAAUGCAGCAUUUGACUCACAAUCACAAGCAGUGAUCCAUUUGAAAACGGAUCAGGUUCUAUUCCUUCGUCAGGUUUUUCCUCAAUUGAUGGAUAUUUGA